UCCCCUCUCCCCGCUGCGUCCACUCACCACUCCACCGCCGCUCUCAUCGCCAAGAUCCCCUCCGGCAGCAAAUAUUUUCUUGAUUCUCCCUCCACCCACACCUUGAUCGCCCCCCGAUCCCUAAAUUCCCCCGCCGGCUUCGCCCGCCUCCGUCCCGUCCCGUCCCGGAGCCGGCGCGCGGGAUGGGGAAGAGGAAGGCCGCGAGGCCCCGUAGCGGCGCGGGUGGGAGCGUGCCGCGGCCGGUGAGCGAGGGCGAGACCGAGACCGAGCCCGAGCCCGAAGGGGAGGAGGGCGACUUCUGCUUCGUCUGCAAGGACGGCGGCCACCUCCGCCUCUGCGACUACAGGAACUGCAACAAGGCUUACCAUCCCAAUUGCGUGGAAAAGGAUGACGAUUUCCUCAAUUCAGACGAGGACUUCAUAUGUGGUUGGCACACAUGCUGUAUCUGCAAAGGGCGUUCAUACUAUCGGUGCCUCUGCUGUCCGGUUAAAUCGGUUUGUUGUGAUUGCCGGAGAGAAAUAGACUUUGUCCAAGUCGGAAGAAGGCAAACAAAGGGAUUAUGCGCCAAUUGUCUAAGGCUGGCAAUUAUGAUUGAGAAUAAUAUCCAAGUCGACUCUGAUGGGGAGAGGGUUGAUUUCAGUGACAGGUCGACUGUUGAAUUUUUGUUUAAGGAGUACUGGGAGAUAAUUAACAAGAAAGAGAGCUUGACAUUGGAUAACCUUCAAGAAGCUUAUGGUAGUUUAAAUGAUGGCCCGAAUCACAUGUCAGAUUCUGAGAAUUCUCCUAAAGUAAAGGACAGUUCAGAUGAUGAUUUCUUGGGCAAUAUUGAUGGUGGUGAUGAUGAGCCAAUUUGCCCAUCUAAUUUAAAUGGAACAUCAAAUAAAGUGAAACCCUUUCUGAAGCAAGCAAAAUCAAAGAAGAAUGUGUAUGUUGGCUGGGGUUCAAAAGAGCUAAUUGGAUUCCUUGAAUCAAUAGGCAAAGAUACAUCCAAAUCUCUAGAUCAAUUUGGUGCUGCCGAAGUUGUCAAGGAGUACAUUCGACAGAAGGGUCUUUUGCAGAAAGAUAAGAAAAAGCAUGUCAUAUGUGAUGAGAGACUCAAGCAAUUGUUUAGGAAAUCAAAUAUUAAGUACAACAAGAUAUAUAGCUUGCUCGAGAGGCAUAUUGCUGCAAAUGACACAUCUGAGGAUGAAACAUUUGCCAGUUCUGAGGAUAACAGUGAUUCAUGUAUGAAAAAGAGAACUCGGACCAUGACCUCUGAGUUCACUACUUCGAAAGGGAUCUCUGAAAGAAACAAGAGAUGCUUUGCUUCUCUUGUUUGCGACAACAUUAAGUUGAUCUAUUUGAGGAAAUCUUUAGUUAUGGAUCUGCUAAAGCAGCCUGAGGCAUUUGAAAAUAAAGUUAUUGGCUGUUUUGUUAGAGUAAAGAAUGACCCCAAAGACUAUAGUUACCACAAGCCUAAAGCAUUGUACCAGCUUGGACAAGUAACUGGCAUUAGGAAAUCCUCAGAAGAAUACAAGGUAAAGGACAUGUCUACAAAUAUGCUUUUGUGCGUUUCCAGCUGCUGGUCUGAAGUCAAAAUUUCUAUGUUAUCAGAAGAAGAUUUGGGGGAGGAUGAAUGUGAAGAUUUUCGUCUGUUCGUCCAGAAAGAAAACUCUAAAAGGCUCACUGUUGCUGAACUUGAGGAAAAAGCGAGAAGUGUACACAGAGACAUAGUCACUCAUUGGAUCGAUAAAGAACUUAAGAGACUGGACAAAUUAAUUGAAUUGGCCAAUGAAAAAGGUUGGCGCUGCGAGAAGUAUGAGUACAUUGAUAAGAGACAGCUAUUGCGCUCGCCAUCCGAAAGACAACGUCUUCUUGAAGAGGUCCCUCGAGUUAUUCCAGAUUUGGAAGAUAAUAAAGACACAAAAUUAUUAGUCGCAGCAUCGGAGAUGUCUUUUCAGAUGAAUACAGCUACUUUAGAAGGUGCCAGUGGGGAGAGAGUUGUUUGCUCGGAAAGAUACUCAGAAGAAUCUAAAGGUGCCAACGGGGAGAAAGCUGUUCGUUUGACACGUUGCUCAAAAGAAAAGCCUAGAGGAGCCAAUGUGAGAGCUGUUUGCUUGAGAAGUUGCUCAGACGACAAAUAUAAAGGUGGCAAUGAGGUGAUAGCUGUUUGCUUGAGAAGUUGCUCGGAAGACAAAUAUGAAGGUGGCAAUGACGCGAGAGCUGUUUGCUUGAAAAGUUACUCAGAAGGUGCCGAUGAGAAAGCUGCUCACAUGAAAAGUUUCUCUGAACAAAAAACUAAGGCCUUGUUUGGUACUAGUGUUUUGGAGGAGAUUGGUGAGGAUAAUCCUCCAAGGGAUUGGGUGAAACCCCAACCAUCACCCAAUUCCUUCAAAUCCCCAUUUAUCCCCAAUACACUAGGUGCCAGUGAGGUCAGAGCUGUUUCCUUAGAAAGUUGCCUGGAAGAAAAUUCUAAAGGUGCCAAUGAGGAAGCUGCUUGCCUGAAAAGUUGCUGUGAAGAAAAACCUGAAGGUGCCAACGACAGCAGAGCUGUUUCCUUAUCCUUAAAAAGUUGUCCAGCAGAAAAUUCUAAAGCUACUGAAGGUGACACUGAUACACCGAGAACGCGUGUUCAAAAUCAGGGCACUGCAGGUAGUGAAGACAAUGCUGCUGGUGAUAAAUUGGGAGCAAGUGCCCAGAAGCAGGGUGCUGAAGCUGGCAUCCCAACCGAAGUAAUCAACAUUGAUGGCGACGAAGAUGGUUUGGCGCAUGAUGAAGGUGCAAACGUGGUUGUUGUUGAUAUGGAUGCCGAUGAGUCUGGGAAUACUCAUGUGGCGCAACGCAAGACAAGGCAGGCAGACAUGUGGCAUUACAGGGAUCCUUUUGGUGACGAGCAAGGCCCUUUCUCUAUAGGGUUGUUGGAUGGUUGGAACGAACAAGGUUACUUCGAUGACGACUUCAGGGUCUGGAGAGUCGGUCAGUCUAGCGACUCUGCCAUCUUGCUCAAGGAUGCUCUGCGCCUGAAGCGCUGAGAAGGAUGGCGGCUACUUGGGGCUCUCAUGCGGUAGCAAGUUAGUUAGACGCAUGUGUGCUAUCUCAGAGUGAAAGAGGGGGCUUCUCUUGUAAUAUAUUCCAGCCCAGACUCUCCUAGUUGGCUCGUAAUAUUAUGGUGGGAGGACCAGUUGAGACUUACAUUACCUGGUCCUAUGAAACUUUGGCCUCUGCUGUGAAUUGUGGGAUGGACAUAAGUUGGUUUCAGAGGUUGAUGCAAGUUUAUGUCUAAACAUGUUCGGUUA